GCCCUCCGCACUAGGAUGUUGCGGCAGGUCUUGCACAGGGGGCUGGGGACGUCCUUCUCCCGGCUCGGCCACUUCGUCGCCAGCCACCCGGUGUUCUUUGCUUCGGCGCCCGUGCUCAUCUCCAUCCUGCUGGGCGCCAGCUUCAGCCGCUACCAGGUGGAGGAGAGCGUGGAGCACCUCCUGGCCCCCACCCACAGCCUGGCCAAGAUCGAGCGGAACCUGGUGGACAGCCUUUUCCCGGUGAACCGCUCCAAGCACCGGCUCUACUCCGACCUGCAGACGCCGGGGCGCUACGGCCGGGUGAUCAUCACCUCCUUCCGCAAGGCCAACAUGCUGGACCAGCACCACACCGAUCUCAUCCUCAAGUUGCACUCUGCUGUGACCAGGAUCCAAGUGCAAAGACCUGGUUUCAAUUACACGUUUGCCCAUAUAUGUAUCCUGAACAAUGACAAGACAUGCAUAGUGGACGACAUAGUGCAUGUGCUGGAGGAAUUAAAGGCUGCUCGUUCUUCUAAUCGAACUAAUUUUGCAAUCACUUAUCCGAUUACUCACUUAAAGGAUGGCAGGGAAGUGUAUAAUGGGCAUCAACUUGGUGGGGUUACUGUGCACAGCAAAGACCGGGUGAAGUCUGCAGAAGCCAUUCAGCUCACCUACUACUUGCAGGCAAUCAACUCCUUGAAUGACAUGGUGGCAGAAAAGUGGGAAUCCAUUUUUUGUGACACUGUUGAACUUUUCCAGAAAUCCAACAGGAAAGUCAAAAUGUAUCCUUUUACUUCUUCUUCGCUGAAGGAGGAUUUCCAGAAGACGAGCAGGGUGUCAGAACGCUACCUGAUCACAAGCUUGGUCCUUGUGGUCACCUUGGCCAUUCUCUGCUGCUCCAUGCAGGAUUGUGUCCGCAGCAAACCCUGGCUUGGCCUGCUGGGAUUGCUGACCGUGACCCUUGCCACCCUGACUGCAGCCGGGAUCAUCAAUCUCACUGGUGGGAAAUACAAUUCCACCUUCCUGGGGAUCCCCUUCGUCAUGUUAGGUCAUGGGUUAUAUGGGACUUUUGAAAUGUUGUCCUCCUGGAGAAAAACUAGAGAAGACCAACAUGUUAAAGAGAGGACUGCAGCCGUAUUUGCAGACUCCAUGCUCUCGUUUUCCCUCACCACUGCCAUGUACCUGGUCACUUUUGGAAUAGGUGCCAGUCCCUUCACUAACAUUGAAGCAGCCAGGAUUUUCUGCUGCAAUUCCUGUAUUGCAAUUUUCUUCAACUACCUCUAUGUACUCUCCUUUUAUGGUUCCAGCCUGGUGUUUACUGGCUACAUAGAAAACAACUACCAGCAUAGUAUCUUCUGUAGAAAGGUACCAAAGCCAGAGGUAUUGCAAGAGAAGCCUGCAUGGUAUAGGUUUCUUCUGACAGCCAGAUUCAGUGAGGACACAACGGAUUCAGAGGAAACGAACACUUACGAGAGUCAUCUUUUGGUGUGGUUCCUUAAACGCUAUUAUUGUGACUGGAUAACAAACACUUACGUCAAGCCUUUUGUAGUUCUCUUUUACCUUGUUUAUAUUUCCUUUGCCUUAAUGGGCUACCUGCAGGUCAGUGAAGGGUCAGACCUGAGCAACAUCGUAGCGACCGCUACACGGACCAUUGAGUAUACGGCUGCCCAGCAGAAGUAUUUCAGUAACUAUAGCCCGGUGAUUGGGUUCUACAUCUACGAGUCGAUAGAGUACUGGAACACCAGUGUCCAGGAGGACGUGCUGGAGUAUACCAAGGGCUUUGUGAGGAUAUCUUGGUUUGAGAGCUACUUAAAUUACCUUAGGAAACUCAACAUAUCUACUGGAUUGCCCAAGAAAAAUUUCACCGAUAUGUUGAGGAACUCCUUCUUGAAAGCCCCUCAGUUUGCCCAUUUUUCAGAGGAUAUCAUCUUUUCCAAGAAAUACAACAACGAAGUUGAUGUCGUGGCCUCCAGAAUGUUCCUGGUGGCCAAGACAAUGGAAUCCAAGAGGGAAGAACUUUAUGACCUCCUGGAAACCCUGAGGAAGCUCUCUCUCACCUCCAAGGUGAAAUUCAUCGUUUUCAAUCCAUCAUUUGUGUACAUGGAUCGUUACGCCUCUUCAGUGGGAGCCCCCUUACAAAACUCCUGCAUUAGUGCUUUAUUUCUGCUCUUCUUCUCUGCAUUCCUGGUGGCAGACUCUCUGAUCAAUGUAUGGCUCACUCUAACUGUUGCCUCGGUUGAGUUUGGAGUUAUAGGUUUUAUGACCUUGUGGAAAGUGGAACUAGAUUGUAUUUCUGUGUUGUGCUUGAUUUACGGAAUUAAUUAUACAAUUGACAACUGUGCUCCACUGUUAUCAACCUUUGUCCUGGGCAAAGAGUUCACAAGAACUAAAUGGGUGAAAAAUGCCCUGGAAGUGCAUGGGGUAGCUAUUUUGCAGAGCUACCUCUGCUAUAUUGUUGGUCUGAUUCCUCUUGCAGCUGUGCCUUCAAAUCUGACCCGUACACUGUUCAGGUGCUUGUUUUUAAUAGCAUUAGUCACCUUCUUUCACUGCUUUGCCAUUUUACCUGUGAUAUUGACUUUUUUGCCACCGUCCAAGAAGAAGAGGAAAGAGAAGAAGAAUCCUGAAAAUCGUGAGGAAAUAGAGUGUGUUGAAAUGGUGGAUAUGGAUAGCACUCGAGUGGUUGACCAAAUUACAACAGUCUAACUUGUUUGUUUGUUGCUUUUUUACAGUAGGUCUUACUGAGAAAAAAAUAAACCAGUACUGACUCAGUAUCUGGAGAGAGAAAGGGGUUUGGAGGUUUCUCCUCCCCCCUCUAAGCUAAAUCCAGGAAUAUUCAAAAUGAGAAAUUUAAAAAGAAAAUAAAAGAGCCAGGGGAUUGCACCUUGAUCAGCUCCAGUAACAGGUAUUACGAGAGAAUUUGCACACCUGUGCAAAGAGGGGAUGAAUUUCAGACGCUUGAAGUAAAAUCUAAUGAGAGAGGUUGGGUUCCUAAGCAGCCUUAUGCAUUGCUUGUGCUGCAGAUACUGCAAUUAUUGUUGCUAAACCCCAUCAGAUUGAAAGGUCAGCUGUCAAGGAUGAAGUAGCACUAAGUAUUCGCUGGAUGUAAAGGCUUUACAAACUUUCUGCAAAGCAAUAACUCAAGUCAGUGAGUCCACUCUUAUAGGUCUUAGCCAUCAUGUUUAAUUUUUCUUUUCUCCCCUAAUCUAAACAUUUAUGCAAGACUGUAUAACAGAUAGCAAACUGUACUGAGAAAGAAGGCAGUACACAGCAACCAAACACUUUCCAAACACUUUUAUGCUAUAAAUCACUUUUUUUUCUUCUAAAAAUAUCCUUAUUUUAAAAUGUAAAUCAUCCUGCGUAACAUUUUUAAUCAUGGUUUUAUAGCUGUUUCUUUUUCUUAUAAAAACAAAAAAAGAAGAAAAAAAAAAAAAAAAGAACAGAAAAUCCCAGUGACUCUGUCACUGUAGAAACCAUAUAAUUCUAUUUUAUAAAUGUCUCGCUACUAGCUAAACACAUAACCUGCUUUACCAAGUGUAACCUUGUUAGCACUCUACUAAUACAUGUGAGCGGAUCUAGCAGCAGACAGAAGACGGUGUACUGGAUAUUUCAGCGCCCAAAUCCAUGAUGCAAACCUCAUGCACUAAAACGUUGCCGAGAAAGUGAAUGUUAGGGCUCUUUUGGUGAGAGCCUAUUUCAGGCCAUUCACUAGUAAUGCACACUAAAAGGAUUAGUAGGUAGUUUUAUGGAAUGCGUGAUUUAAUCCCUCCAUCUUCCUGGAUUGCCAGUAAAGCAAUAGACCUGACAGCUAUGGGCUCUUCCAAGACGCAGCAGACCCUCAGAGUUGUACGUAACAAACUGAAGUUGAACAACGUGCCCAAAGAGCCCAUAUCAAAGUGGCCUAUUGGAAACAAAAAAGAUUACAUUACUGAUUCUUGUUGGAGCUGUGAGUUCCAAAUAAUUCCAUCAGUGUCUCUGAUGUGGAGUAAUACAGAUAACAAAGCAUUUUGUCCAACCCUGCACCCUUCUACCCCUCAGAACUACGUGAUUAUUACUCAGUGGUUUGUUACCGGGUUGGGAUACAUGAGCCAAUUCUCUGGGUUUUGCUGAGAGUGCUCCAGCUAUAAAUGGCCUGCAAAAAAACCGUCUGCAGGAAGGUGACAUGUGCAUCAGGCAAUCUCAUGAAUGUACCGACCCAAGAGUGCUGUACAAGUUCUCAGCAGCUGGCGUGGUGCUUGCCAGUGCCUGGAGGUCAUUGGGUCCUGCAGGAGCCCUGGUGCUUGGCUGCAAGGCACCAGCAUUGCACAGACUUAGCGCAGCUCUGGCCGCAGCCUGGGGGUGCUGCUUUGUGUGAAACAGCUCUAUAGCGUCAAGUCCCAGCCACCCCCAGCUGCCCCGUGCAAAAUGCAUUAAGGCCACCUUGUGAAUGUUAAAUUUCAAGUGAGCAGAUACUUCUAGAGCUUCCUCCCUCACAGAUGAGAGACAUUUUGCCCUCCCUGAGGCAGUCUGUUGCAUUCUGAGUAGCAAAACAAGUUGGCAGUGCAGCUGGCAGCAUUUGCCUUUCCCUGCAUAACUCUUCUCUGACCAAAAGAGAAGGAAAGUGUGUCCAGGAAUGCACAGGCUCUUUGCUUGAACGAGCACCAUUUGCUGCAGUACCAGCUGAGAAGCAGUAACAACAUCAGCCUUGGCAGAAGUCAGACAGGCAGACAAUUCAGAGACAGCCAAAUGAAUGUGAGGUGAAGGGAGAGGCCUUUUUCCCCUCCUUAGACUCAGGUGUGGGGCUAUGUUUUUAAGCCAGAAAUCAUUCCUCCCAUGUACUUCCACUGUAGAAUUUCUGUGGCAGUCAUUAUGUCAUUUCAAUUACAAUUUCCCUAUGUUCUGACUGUUCAACAGGCAACUGCAGUGGCUUUUAAAAUUCAGAUGGCAUUAACUCAGUUGAGAGCUACAGAGGAAUUGCAAACCAUUUCUGACAGCAGCAAUCUACUGGCUUGUGGGACUCCUGGAAACAGGAGACGUGUGAAAGAGUUGGUUUGUACACGGUAGAGAGAAAUACAUGGCAAACACUGAUUUGACACCUCUGCUACCCCUCAUGCUAUCAAUUCCAAAUACAGGAUGCAAGGAUGGCUUCCAUAAGCCUCUCACAUCUAAUUGAAAUGCAUAGAUAGGAGAGUCUUUAAAGAGAUGUCCAAUGACAACCUUGUACUUUCACAAAUAUCAUUAAAUCUCAGCAUGCGAGGCCUUCAGAGAUCUUCAAGGAAAGUGGUAAAACCCAGGAUAAAAUUGCCUUUCUGUCUUCAGAUCUGUUGGGGAAGGUGGAUGGAGGCAGUGCCAUGGCAAAAUGCCACAGUACGUGCUUGGGCCUCCACAGGGUGAGAGGAAGACCACAUCUUUGCCCCAAGGGAGAGCUAAUGAUACUGAAGUUGUUUCUGGGGGAUAUUUGCUCAACCCAUUCUAAAAACCUGUUUAAAGGCAGAUUCCUCCCCCACCAGGUCUUCCGAGCACCAUGUUACCCACCAGUUAUUCAUGCUGGCUGUCUACAAGUGGGAUGGGGAAGAGGACCUAUGCCUCUCUCUGCACAGAGAAGUCCAUGUCAGGUGAGAGGCAGUUUCUGAAGCCUCACUGCCCCCUAGAAACCCAAAACAGAAACAAAACCAACUUACAUACCUGUCUCGUCAUGUUCCACCUCAAGCUGACCUUCCAUUCCCCGCUUGUAGGCUUGGUGAUCUGAACUCAUGAAAAUGCUUAGGGUGUUCUUAGCCAAAGGCUAUGAGAUUCCAGCCUGAAUCCUGAUGUUUCAGAUAGACAACAAAUGUUCCUUCUCUACAGGUAGUCCGAAUACCUCAACAUGAACCCUCAAGGUCUCAGACUAUGCUAACCCACUUUGCCUUCCUUCCCAUAGGAUUUUUCCUCUGGAGCAAUUGUCUCCACCAAAGUCAAUUGGUAUGUGCCACAUCCAUUGAUAAAGGUGCAGGUACUGUGCUCUGUUCUCAGUCCAAAGCACUCCAAAUGGCAAAUUGUGCAUCAGCUUUUACCCUCACUGGUGAGCCUCCAUUUGGAAGACUACCUAGGUUUAAGCAGUUUUUGUCACCUUCUUAAGAGGCUUUCUAGCCCAGGUUUCACUGUGGUUUUGUUUACAGUAGAGAUGACCCACUUUUUGUAUAUAUUCAGUGAGUAACAGUAUUUAUUAUACACUGCCAGGCACUGACUAAAAUUUAACAGCAAAAAUUUUGACUACAGCAAAAGAGAAUAUAUAGGACUGUGGCUCACUGAGAGCAUUUAUCUUCUACAAACAUUAAAAUUUCCAUACAAUAAGGUAUGGUGUACAGUAUAUUUUUACUACAGGGUAAACAUGGGGAAAAAGAACCAACUGAAGUGCAUAUGUCCACUAACACCACUCCAGUUUUUUUGUAAGAUAUUUUCUAAUGUUGGCUUAGUACAAGCCCAUUUUCAAUUUACAAGUUCCCUAACUGGAAGAAAAAAUGAAGACAGAAAAGUUGGUAUAGCUGGAAUAAUUUCACCAUAAAAAUUAAGUGAUGAAGCCAGAAUUUUCUGGCCAAAGCUUUAAGUGAAAUUGUUCCACUUAAAUUAAAAUUGGAGCUGUGAAGGCUGAGAAAAACCUGCCUAGCAAAGAAAAAGAACUUCUUUUCCAAAGGCAAGCAAACGCAUUUAUCUUGGACAACUGCAUGAACCCGGAGGGAAAACAACACCAGAGUGGCUUGAGGUUGCAUUGAGCCAUGUGAGGAUUCGCAUCUGCUCUCAGAAGCUUUCUGAGCCAGCACUGCAUUCAGGUAACAUGUGUACUGUAAAUUGAAAGGUGUACUUUUAAAGGCUUUUCUCUGGGCUAGCUGUCCUCCAGCAAGCCACCAAAUCCCACCGCAGCCAACACCUCAUUUAUUUUUAUUAACCAAGGAAACAACAGUAGCAGCACAACUGAGAAAAUUCAGGAGAGGGAGAAAGAAAUUGUGAUUUCUCUUUUAAACAGGGAGAAAUUCAGAAAUGAGUUCUUUAGCAUGUGAUCUUUGCAGGGGGGAACUUUGAAAAGCAAAUGGAUGUUUAUUUUCCUGCUGCUUAGGUUUGAAAAUAGAGUAUUCUUGGAAAUCUGGGAAAAGGGAGCAGGGUGGAGGAGCUGGCUUUAGGUUUGCUGUGCACAUGAAGCUAUUGCAAUUACCCAGGAAGGGACAGGAGAUGUAGGCAGGAUGGGAGCACAGGAAGAAAAGAGGACAUGCAUUGGGUCAGAACCAGAGCAUGGACACUGAGUGCAUGUUACAGCCCCGCCCUGCACAGCACACAGGGUGUGGACAGCCCAGAGCCUGUGCAUAGAGCAAGCUCCUGGACUGCCUGACACCUCUGCAGCACCUCUCUGUUCUCUGCGUCUAGAAGACCCUGAACAGAAAAGGUUGCCCAAAGCCUUUCCCUCCCCUACAUACGUGGAUAUUAAAACCCAAACUCAUACAAACCAAGUUGUACAAUUUGGGCCACGUACACCGGGGUGAAAUAUAUAUUCCAGCAUCUCCAAUGAGAAGGAGAUGCAUCUGGGCAGCAUUCUCCUCUCACAGCUGGGUACCCCACUAUUUCCACAGGGCACCCUGGAUCCCCAGGGCAGGCACAGGGGAAACCUUACUCCCUCUCCCUGUCCCCAGUCUUGUUAGAGAAUGGGGAGAUUUAGUUCCAAAUUUUGGCAGGGACAAGCAUCUGUGAUCCCAUUCUCUGCCAGGAAAGUGCAAGAGAAAAAUCGUUGGGUUUUGUUUUUUUUUUUGAAGAUAUGGCAAAGGCUUGGACCCAGGAAGGGAUCUGGAGUGUGUUCCUGCCCAGCAUGCACAGGUUGGGGCAGGGGGGUGUGGUUUCUGCAGAGGUGGCCCCUAUGCAGCUCCCUGCCUGGUGGAUAGCAGAUCAGCAUCUCCUGGGGCACCCACUGGUAUUCUGCAGGUCAUCACUAUUUCACUUCUGGGGGGUAAAAAAUAAAAAAAAAAAAUUAAAAAUUAAAAAAGGAAAGUCAGUAUAAAUAAUCCUAGGUUAUUUAAGGUCCAAGAAGUCUUAAUCUGUGUGUCACAUAAAUGGGUUGCAAGAUGUCAGGGGUUUUCAUUUGGGCUUUUUUAACCUAUUUUUACUAUUUUUGUAUUAAUUUAGGGAAAAAAAUAUUGUAUAAUGAAUCUCAAUGUACAGCAUAAGCCUAAAAUAAAAUGGCUAUCUCUCUCUUU